AUGCCAGAACCUGUGGGCUCUUCGGGGCUGUUGGUUCUCCUUGGACGGAGGAUUUACGGUGUCACCGAGAAAUUGGUGAACGAGACGCAACUCACUUCUGUUGGAUUGCUAUGCGCACUUGUAAUGUUACUCACCACGUCGGGACUUCUCUUUUCGCUUGUUGAACCACGCCGCCUUGCGAAACAUAUUAUCCUAGAAAAAGAAAUCCCCAGUGCUCGAGAACGCCGCGAGUACUUCUUUUCACAGCCCAGAGAUCUCCUCAUUAAGGGCUAUCAAUGUUUCCGAGAGGAGAUAUGGGGAAUCGAGUCCUCAGCGGGAGUCCGGUUACAGCUCCCGAUCGGAUUUCUAGAUGAGCUGAAAAGUCAUUCUGCACUCAGUUUUGAAAAGUUCAUCAGCAGCGAGGGAAUGCUUGAUUAUACUGGCGUGGGUGGUUUGUCGAAUGAUGCCGUCCACAAGUUCAAAUCAAAGUUCAAUCCCACCGUGGGCGCUUACGUCUCCGAGUUGCAUGAUAUCGUCAAGGUGCAAAUGGACAAGUUGUUUCACAAGUAUGCAGACUGGACUGAAGUCAAUGUCAAUGAUGGCAUCAUGGAGAUGGUGAGCAUCCUGUCAGCUAGGGUAUUCACAGGAACUGAGGCGAGCCAAAACGUCGAAUGGCUGGAAUUGGGACCAAGCUAUGUUACGAAUGUGCUCGUCUAUAUCGAAGCUCUCAAGCGAUGGCCUAAGGUUCUACGCCCUCUUGUCAUGUUUUUCUUACCUCAGCGUCAGCUUAUUCUACGACAAUGGGAGCAAGCAAAAGAGUUUCUGUCUUCUACUAUCGCUAAACAUAAGUUGCAGCAACAGCACAUGAACGACCCUCCUUCGCUGAUGGACUAUUUCAUUAACGACGAUAAGAUUAACCUUGAAGAUAUGGUCCGUCUCCAGAUGGCGAUCGUAGUCGCUGGAAUACAUACAACAUCUGCAUCGCUCACUCAGUUGCUAUAUGACCUGGCAGCCUAUCCAGAGGGUAUCCCGGAACUACGUGAGGAAAUUAAACAUGUAUACGAGGAGAAUGGCAGAGCAUUCAACAAAAAGGCUCUGAGUGAGUUAAAAAAGCUCGAUAGCUGGAUGAAGGAGAGCCAGCGAUUUCAUGCUCCAGAUUUAACUACUUUCCAACGCCUGGCCGUUGAUUCCCUGACUCUUUCGAACGGGCUCUAUAUACCCAGAGGGACAAAGAUGGAGCUUCCCACGACGGCAAUACAAGUGGAUGAUCGAUUGUACGAGAAACCGCAAGUUUUCGAUGGGCUUCGCUUUUACGAAGGCAGGCAAAAAGAGGGCUGCGAAAAUAAACACCUUUACAUCAGUACUGGGAAGCUUGAUCUGGCUUGGGGAUAUGGGCGUCAUGCUUGCCCGGGAAGAUUCAUUGCAGACGUUGAGAUCAAACUUGUUAUGGCAGAGUUCCUAUUACGAUUUGAUAUCCGAAACCCUGCUGGUCAGCCCAGGCAUCCAGAUUUGGAAUUUGAAUCAAAUCUUCUACCGGACCCGACAAAGACCGUCAUGUUAAAAUUGGUGAAGACAUAG